AUGUCGCGCGUACCCGUAGCGUCGUGGCGUCUGGGGUUGUGGUUGUGUGUCCUCUUUAUGUAUAUCGCUUUUGCCACCGCUGCGAUCGCGUCCUCGGCUCUGAAGGUGGACUCAAACGCGGCGGACGAGCUCCCGUCCCCGUGCGGGCACGGCCAGGUAGCCUCCGAGCAAAGCGAUCUCCCUCUCACAUACGUGACGCUGCGUAGGAACAGCAACGGCCUACGCUAUCAGGUCGAAGUGAACCUCAAGCGACUGAAUGCGUCGGCCACCACUGACCAGCGCGCCGUCGAGCCGCGGGCCGCCGUCACGGUCAGCAGCGACAGCAUGGACUCCGGGUGGGCCCCCAUCCGCAUUGCCGUCUUCACGCCCGAUCUGGAAGACCAAUCGAAGUACUGCACGGCAGUUGGCCAGAUGCGCCCCGAUUCCAGCGGCUCGCUGGUACGGUGCAGCAGUGUCGCUGAUCUCUUGACGGAUGCAAAAAAGAGAACAUUGAUCAGCUCGAUACUGCCCCAGGCAGUCAGCAUGCAUGCGCAGCGGCUGAAGGUGCGUCCUCCAGCGGCCGACACCACCAUCGUAGUGAACACCAUGCCGGGGUCACACUGUGGCUCGUUCACAGUCCCGCCGGCGCACCGGACAGUCGGCGUGCCAGACGCGGAUUUUGUCGUCUACGUGGCAGCGGGUCCGACAUCUACUCCGAGGAGCUUCAUGGCGUGGGCUGUCACCUGUCAGUACUACCCCAACACGGCCACGAUCACGAGCCGCCCAGCCGUGGGGGCGGUCUACUUCAACCCACGCUACCUGCCUAC